CUCGCUGAGAGUCGAUCACAGGCUUGCUACACUGUUGAUAGCACGCGGGAGCCAUUACUCGUCCUGCGUUGCAACUUCUGGUGCCUCCAAGGUACACAGAGCUGGCCGAGGCCAACCACACUUUCUGCGAUGGAUCGGUCUAGAGAAGAUGCCCUUCGUCGUCGACGGGAAAGGGAAAGAGAACGUCGUGCCGGUCUGUUUUUCGACGGCGACUGCGUUAUAGGGAACGGGCAAGGCAACGCCUGGCCACGGAAACAGCGGAAGAAAGGGAAGCACGACUAGCGUGAAACAGUGACAGUAUCAUCGCCUCAGUGGAGAUGGACUGAGCUCUCUUUGUACAACUCUAUGCAUUUGUACUAUCAUGACA